UAAUGUAAUGUUGAUAAAAACUAUGAACAAAGUCUAUUCAUUUAGUGAAAAAUGGCCAUGGAUGUUGCUCUUUCCUCAAUGAUGGCAGCUUCUUCAAGCCUUUUCCCUUCUGGGUCUCUGCUAGAAUCACUAAUUCUCUUAUCCAAUGAAGUUGCUUUUGAAGAGAAGGCUCCUUUUAUACAUGCUAAAACCAUCUCAACCAUGAGAAGAAGAAUCAAGCUUCUUGCUUUCUUAUUUGAAGAAGUUCAAGAAUCAAAUUCUCCCCUUCCUCCAUCUUCAAUUCUUUGUCUCACUGAAAUCUUUUCUGUAAUCAGAAGAGUUAAGAUUUUGACUCAAAGCUGUGAGGAAGGAAGUUGUUUAUGGAGUUUAUUACAGACCGAGUCCAUUUCAAAUCAGUUUUAUCAGUUUGUGAAGGAGAUUGGAAGAGUACUUGACAUUUUACCUCUUAGUUUGCUUAAGUUAACAGAUGAUACGAGAGAACAAGUGGAGCUUCUUCAUAGUCAAGCUAAACGAUUCGAGUUUUCGGUUAAUGCUCGAGAGGUUCAGAGAAGAGAUGAGCUUCUUCAACUAAUGAGCAACAAGGAGAGAAACUACAAGAAUAAAGGUCUGGGAGAAGUGGGGAAAAUCAAAGAGAUUUUCAGCAGUGUUGGGUUGAGAAACAUGAUGGAUUGUGAUGAAGAAAUAUCAAAACUAGAGGCUGAAGCUCUUAAACAAGCAGGAACAGGUGGAAUCAUUGUGGUUUCUAAUAUAAACAAUCUCAUUUCUCUGGUUAAGCAUGCCAAAACAGUGAUCUUUAGUAAGAAAGAAAAUGAAAAUGAUGGGGGAAAAUACAACUUAAAGUUUCAACACUCAAACAAACAUUUAGAUCAUUCAUCUUCUUCUAAUUCAUUGGUUCAAAUUCCAGACGAUUUUCGUUGUCCCAUUUCACUGGAUUUCAUGAGAGACCCUGUAAUUAUAUCGUCCGGGCAUACUUACGAUCGUUAUUCGAUAGCCCAAUGGAUUGACUCAGGACAUCAUGUUUGUCCCAAGAGUAAUCAGAGGCUAAUUCAUAUGGCCCUCAUACCAAAUUAUGCACUCAAAAGUUUGAUGCAACAGUGGUGUCAAGAGAACAACAUUAAUAUGAAUGAACCUACAAAACCAUAUUCUUCCUUUGGGUUGGAGAGAAGCAACAGCAAAAAAUACCUUUCCGAGGAACCGGUCGAUCACAUUUCCGCAUCCAAAGCAGCCUCCGAUGCUGUUAAAAUGACAGCCGAGUUUCUUGUGGGAAAACUUGCAACCGGGUCGCCAGAUAUUCAAAGACAAGCUGCAUAUGAACUCCGGUUACUAGCGAAAACUGGAAUGGAUAACCGAAGAAUGAUUGCCGAAGCAGGAGCGAUACCGUUUCUAGUAACAUUGUUGAAAUCCGGCGAUCCAAGGAUUGAAGAAAACGCAGUGACAGCAUUGUUCAACCUAGCAAUCUUCAACAACAACAAGAUCCUCAUAGUAGCAGCAGGGGCAAUAGACAACAUAACACACAUCUUAGAAUCAGGUAAAACAAUGGAAGCAAGAGAAAAUGCUGCAGCAACAAUAUAUAGCUUAACAAUGGUGGACGAGUUCAAAAUAACAAUAGGGGCGAGUCCAAAAGCCAUACCAGCAUUGGUUAGGCUACUUAAAGAAGGCAAUUCAGCCGGGAAACGCGACGCUGCCACAGCGCUUUGCAACCUAGCACUUUACAAUGCCAAUAAAGCUUGUAUUGUAGUAGCUGGGGCAGUGCCAUUGCUGAUUGAGUUACUGACAGACGACAAAGCAGGCAUAACAGACGAUGCGUUGCAGGCGCUCUCCUUGGUUUUAGGUUGCUCAGAAGGGCUGCAAGAGAUAAGAAAGAGUAGAGUUUUAGUGUCAUUGCUUAUUGAUCUUUUAAGAUUUGGAUCUCCAAAAGGGAAAGACAGUUCACUUACAUUGUUAUUGGGGCUGUGUAAGGAUGGAGGAGAAGAAGUAGCAAGGCGUUUGUUGAUAAAUCCAAGAAGUAUUCCUUCACUUCAAAGCUUGGCAGCUGAUGGAUCAUUGAAAGCUAGAAGAAAAGCUGAUGCAUUACUGAGAUUGCUUAAUAGAUGCUGCUUUCAAUCACAGCCAUGUUGAAAUAGUAGAAAUGUGUAGAGAUAAUCAAUCUUACAGAAGUAUAUAU